GUUCACCAAAAGUUUCCAACCUCUUCAGCCACCAUGCUUUUCAAAACUUUUCUUUUCCUGGCUGCAGUGCGAUCAACCUAUGCGGAGUGCAAAUGCCAGACCCCAGCCGAUGACUGUUGGCCCUCGCAAUCUGACUGGCGUUCGCUGAACAAUACCUUGAACGGAAAACUUAUAGCAAACCAGCCGAUCGCCAAGCCAUGUUUCCACGGCGUAGGCUACGACGCCAAGCGCUGCGAGAGUAUCGCUGCGAACUGGAGCAAUUCCUGGUUCUUAGAGAGCUCUCCUAUCGGGUAUAGCUACCCAUUAAUACAAACCUGUGCCCCCUCGAACUUUUCUUUGGAUUCGGUCUGUGACUUGGGACCGGCGCCGGUUUACACAAUCAAUGCGACGAGCGCGGACGACAUAGCCGCUGGGAUCAAGUUUGCCAAAGACAACAAUGUGCGAUUGGUGAUCAAGAACACAGGUCAUGAUGUUGUCGGAAGAUCCCAAGGCUACGGUAGUUUGUCUAUCUGGAUCAAGCAUGUAAAAGAUGGUAUUCACUUCCACAAGGAAUAUAUCUCGUCUACUAAAUGCAAAUCCAAUUGGACUGGAAGCGCUCUUACCGUUGGCGGUGGGUACGUCUGGGAAGACGUUUAUGCGAAGGCAGCCGAGAACGGUGUCAUUGCCGUCGGUGGUAGUGAUAGAAGUGUUGGGGUAAUUGGUGGUUACCUACAAGGUGGUGGCCAUGGUAUGGUAUCACGCGAUUUCGGCCUCGCGACCGAUCAAGUUCUCGAGUAUACGGUUAUCCUUGCAUCCGGAGAAAUAGUCACAGCCAGUGAAUGCCACCUUCAAGAUCUCUUCAUGGCUCUACGAGGUGCCGGUGGAGGCACAUACGGCGUUGUCGUAUCAGCUACUAUCAAAGUAUAUCCAACACGUCCGGUCCUAAUGCACACUCUGAGCAUUGUGCCGGUAGAGAACAAGUUAUCAACCUUCCAGAACGCCAUCGGGGACAUUCUAUCUCGCUAUCCACAUUUAUCCGACGGGGGAUUUUCAGGGAACGGGUUCCUACAAAAGGAUGUGUACCAGCACACUUUUUCGAAACUACUGAACGACAAUAGCACCCACUCAGACGUGGAAUCAGGCAAAAACAUUAUGAACAAGCAAAUCAUCAAUCGCCUCAGCGCGCUGAAUGGGACGAAGCUUCAUGUUCUAUCGACGUUCAAAUACUUCCCCAAUUGGCAUGCAUUCUUCCAGGGCAGCGGAAGUCAUAUAAGCGACACGGGAACCAGCGCGGUUCUGCCAUCCCGGUUCUUUGACAAGCGAUCUCUAGUUUCGCAGCAGGAGAAAUUGGAGAAUCUGAUACGCACCUUUUUCACCACCCGAGCCUCCGAAACAAAGCCUCGAAAUGCCCUCCUGGAGCUCUGCCUUGUUGGCGGCGGCAAAGUCCUCGACCCGGCGCCGCUGACCUCCGUCAACCCGGCAUGGCGCAAGACCUACCUGCUGAUGGAGCUUGUCGAAAUAUGGUAUGAGAACGAUAUCUUAAGUGAAUCUGUCCUCAGCGCGGCAACACACCAGAAAAUGAAUUCAAUGAAGGAUAUCACGCCGGGCAUGGGCACCUACCUGAAUGAAGCUGAUCGGAAUGACCCCGAUUACAAGCACGAUUGGUACGGAGACAUGUAUGAUUGGCUCAGUUCCGUCAAAAAGAAGUAUGACGCAGAACAAGUGUUUUGGUGUCAUCAUUGCGUCGGUAGUGAUGAUUGGGAGGAGUCAACUGGUGGAACAGUUUAUGGACCCUUGUGCAAGACGAACUAA